CUUUUUGAAUCUUACGUAUGUAUGAUGUAUAAUCCGAACGUAAUUCAUUCAUUGCAUUCUUUCAGCAUACAAAUUUUUGCUACGAAUUUUAGUAUAAGCUCAAGAUAUGUACAUAUAGCUUUUAUGAUAUGUAAAUAAUGGCAUCUAUCCAAGUGAGGGAUUAAAUAACCUGAUUAUGCUACAAAUGAUCGAAGCAAUUUAUCAUGCCAAUUGCAUGGACAGAUAGUCUAACGUUGAGAUUAGUAAUUUUUUACAGUAAACACGAAUGUCUAAGAAAUCCUUUUCAUCCGGAUUAUAAGAACAAACGAUGUCGUUACAAAGCUUACAAAGAAAUUGUGGAUUCUAUGGAUGUUUGCUGUUUAACAGUUUAUGAUUGUAUCAAAAGGAUUACCUGUGUAAAGGCCCAAUACUGUUAUGAGCUGUCUAAAAUCAGUGCUGCAAUUUCCUGUGAGAAGUUUUAUAGACCAAUAGCGAACUGGUUUCCAAUAAUCCAUGAAUUGUUUUUCCCAUUUAUACCAACUUACAAUUGUACAAGUGAUUGCUGCAAGAUAUGCAGUGACAAAACAGACACACAUGAAAGUUAUGACUAUAAAGAAACACAGUCGAUACGUCCAGUCCCUGCGGAACCAAGAGCAUUAAGCACAGACUGUGAUUGUCCAUAUGAAACUUGUUAUUGUGACAAAUCGAAUAUAGUUAAACCUCGUACUCGUCUUAGGAAAGCAGAAAAAUCACCUUUCUUCCUGGCGGAAGAGAAGGGUGUAACUACUUCACAAACCACAGCAAGAGAUUGCAAAUAUUACUUGCACCAGCAGAAAGCAUCUCAAAUCGAUGUGGGGAGUAAUAUCAGAAGUAUCAGUACUGAGCACGCGACUCAAUCUGAACUUUCUUAUUUCAAAACCGCAUGUACAGCUUGUCAAGUGUGUAUGGAAAAUGAAGUACCUUUUAACUUGAUGAAAAAAGAUCUAAAGGAGACAGACAUUAGUUACACAGAUUGUGCUCCACCAGUGAAAGACAUUAAAGGAAGAAGGAAAACUGACGAGUUUGACAUGUUCGGCAAGAGUGUUGCGUUUCAGUUGCGAAAUAUAAGUUUUGAAAUUGCUGUUAAAUUGGAGAAACGAAUACAAGAUCUAAUUGCACAAGAACGUCUGGAUCAUAUGAAACUGAAAUAUUUGGAUUGCUGUACAGCUUCUAGUUGCAGCGAAUGUGCAAUUUUGCGCAAGGAAAUGGUUUGCAGCUGCGGCCUUCCGGUAAUCAUGAUCAAGGCAGAUUCUUCCUGCGAUCUCGAUUGCAAGCAACGAAUAUAAUGUUUACG